UCACUUUUUUUGUGAGAAUGAGUUCUCACGCCCUGGUUCUUUUCCUUCUCCUUUUCCUCCUACCAGUGGCACUGGGCCACUUCCUCUCCAAGCCUGCACCGGAUCCAAGGAUCACAUUCAACCGUAAGCUUGCGGAGACACUCAAGGAGCUUCAGGACAUGGGACUCAUCCAGGCCCCCCGUGAGCCGGUAGUGGCGGCUCAGGGAGCCAAGAAGACUUGCGGAAGGAGUUUGUUGAUAAAGAUCCAACAACUCUGCCAUGGAAUCUGCACAGUUCACGCUGAUGACCUCCACGAAACGGCAUGCAUGAAAGGUCUCACCGACUCUCAGCUGAUCAACUCCUGCUGCCCACCAAUCCCCCAGACACCAUUCGUCUUCUGAAUCAACCCCUCGGAGCGGCAUCCCUUGUUAAUUGUUACUAUUUUUGAUAAGUAUAACAUUGGUCAUUUCCCUUUCUAUCUAUCCCCUUUUUUUAUUUAUAAUUUGAGAUGAGGAAAAUCUUUCUACAACACUUCUAAAAAUCCCCAUAAAAUCAAAAAAAAAAAUCAAAAAAAGUUCAAAAAAUCCCAAAAAAAAACCCAUUUCUUUUUUUUUGUACUUUUCAUUGUUAUCCUCCAAGUUGACGGUAGGUGCCUGUUAACAAAAAACCCAAUAAAAUGUUUUUUUUUCCUUGGAA